AUGGCCGACCGCGACGAUAGAGAGAAGAAGGGAUUUUGGGGGAGUUUAUUACGCCACACGAGUCUGGCCCGAAAAUCUCCUAAACCGGCGAAGAAUUUCAGGAGGACAGGCGAUGGCCCGUCCCCGCCACGUAGAGCUCGCUUUUCGUCCCCCGACAACGAUGUCUUAUCACCCGGAACUGGUGCCGGCGGCGGACGUCGACCGCGCCGCCCAGCCAACAAGGACGGCGGGAGGGACAAGCACUUGUACCGGAACGACGGGCGCCACCACAACGCCAACGGUAACGGUGACGCCCCCCAACGCCCUCCACUUACCUCUUGGCCUCCCUCCAACAUGAGCAGCCAGGAGGUCCUCACUCUGGGCCAAGCCAUGGAUCUCAUAUCCAGCGGCGUUCCCGCACACAAGGGCCACAAGCGGGCUAUUCCUCAUGCUCCAGACCACUAUUAUGCUCUCUACACCACAUCCGCCGGCACACCGGGCGACGAAUCGGACGCCGUGAACCUGCAUGAUUCCAUGACCCAGUUCAUGACUAUGCGCAUCCAGGGCUCUGGGUCCGGCCGUUCCUCUGACAUGGCCACGUACCCAUGGGAUACUUUGGAACAACCCUCCUACGCUUUUUACUUUGGUCGUACUCCUGGCACUGUUACUCUGAACCAGUGGGCAUCCUGCGCCAGCCGCAUACCCCCGACCAUUGCCCUCCGUGACUCUGGUGCUGUCCCUCGCGACGUCGAUCUCCCCCGCAUCUUUGAGCGCCUGAAGGAACUCGAAUCCGCCCACGCCAUCGAGGACGAGUCCGAAGAACGAAUGUACCGCAGCCUCUACAAGCGCUUCCUUCGCGACCCGGAUCGUGCAGCGGGAAACCCGCACCGGACCCUGGAUCGCCAGAUCACCGACCUCAUCUUGGUUCUCUCGCGGCCUGGCUACUGGGUUGAUUUUUCCGAUCUACGGAAUCAAGUCGCUACCCGCUUCCUUUUCGACCGUGGUCGCGAAGCCGCCGAACGAUACCUGCGUUUCUGCCACCAGCUGCUCCUGAGUCUAGAACUGGAGAUCCGUAUCCAGGCGCGGGCCCACGGCGAGGCGGCCAAAGAGAAGCUCCUUAAUCAGCUGCCGCCAACCAUCCGUUGGGAUCUGGCCCUCGCUAAGCGCUGGCGCCAGAACAUCCGUGUCGAACGUUGGGGGAGGAUGCCCGAGGAUGUGCGGCUGCGAUACAAGUUGCGGAAGCGACAGAUGCGCAUGCUGAAACGGUUCGCUCAGGUGAUGAAGUGGCCCAACUUGGAACAGUUGGUGGAUGCAAUGAAUGAGCACGACGCCGAGGAUACUCUUGAUCUCGUCAGCUCGGACGCGUUCGCCUUUUUCAGCGGGCUCAUUCUGCCAGGGACGACCUUUCCCUUUCUCAUCAUGAACACUCUGAUCGACCUCGAUCCUGACGAGGCGACUGACGCUCUGGCCCUCAUGACCCACUUGAACCCGAACAGCGGCUUUCAACACCGAUCUUACACCUACUGGUCCGCGUCCUGCAUCGUGGGCAAGGUCCUCGCGCCUACCUGUCAUGCCCUUGCCGGUUGGAUCGGCCCGGCUCGCCCUUCACCGGAUUUGGGACGGUCCCAGAUUGUUCGUGUGCGUUGCCGUCGCGCCACGAAGCAACUUUUGACCCCCGAAGACGUUACGUCCAUGAGCGAGCGCAGCGAUCCACUGGGCCCUCCGUCGGAAAACUUCCCCGUGCAGGAGUAUAAGCUGGUAGAGCCUAAGCAUGCGGACAGCCUUCUCGCUGAUGGUGUGCGCAUCGAGGUGUUGAGCUUCAAACCGUCGGCAGGUUCUGGGGGACAAGAACGAAAUGUAGGCGGCGAUGCGAUUCGCGUCAACGAGCCACAGUGGUACGAAGCCUCCGUUCAAUUUGCCAUCGAUGGCGUUUCAUGGCCUCUGCGUCUCGCCUACGACGUAUCGUUCAUCUCCGCCUGGCCGUGCAAGGGCGGACCGCACCCGUUAUUUUUCGACUACGUUUUCGAGACGAUACGGGCUGACAACAUCGUUGCGGUCCGGAACUGGGGCGGCUUGUACUACGGCGGGAGCAGAAGGGCCAGUGUGCAGGCACCGGAAAGCGCGACUGGGCGGGGAGGAGGGAGCGCUUCUGGGACCGGCGUCAGUGGCCACGACGCUGAGAACGAGCCAGAAAAAGUUCUCGUCGUUGAGGCGUUCGGAGUGCCGGAUCAUGACGUUCUGGCGAGGGCGUGGUGCAGUCAUUGGGGGUUGUCUGCGGUCGUGGCGGACGUGUCCAAGACGUGCAUGGGAUGCGCUAUUCGAGAGGCGUACGCAGCUACCUUGACGGUGGUGAUACUCAUUGAUUCCUCUGCCGGAAAGGGAACUUCUGAGUGA